UAGUCCAUAUUCCCGUUCAGUUUGGCGCGCGAUCCCGUUCGGGAAGCACGCGGUUCUAAUCACAUCGCUAGAAUUUCGAACAACUCGUCAAAAUUAAGAAUAAAUAAAUUACCUUUAAAUUAUUGCGUGAAUGUAAAUAGCAGUUUAUAUAGUUGUUGCCAAACUUUUUGCCCAUUAACUUUAUUUACUGAAUUUUAAAGUUUGAAUUUGGAAAAAGUUGAGUUUAUUCAUCAGUUAUGAUUGUCUUGGUAUUAAGUGCAAUGUUUAUUGCUGGUGGAGGAGGUGCGCAGUUAGGUGAAUUGGAAAACUGCGACGCUGGAGACCUUAAUAUGUGUGUAGAACUAAUUCCACGCACGCCAGUCGGGCUCCCCAGGAAUAAGCACGAGCUUGAUGCACACUGCCAAGCGUAUCAAACGGGCAUGGUGUGCAUGGACGCCUGGAUCAAGCGCUGCUUGCCUACUGAUGGCCAGAAGUUACUGCAACAGCAAAUUGGGGGCGCACGCGCAUUGAUGCGCUUUUUAUGCACCAAUGACACAGCUCUGCGAAGAGAGUUCUUAAAAGAGCCGACAUGCUGGGGCCGCGUGUCUCCAGACUGGACCCGGUGUGUGGACGAGCUGCAAGUGGCCGUGCGAGAGAAUACAGAACGCGCGCAGCAACUCACGUAUUUCAACAGGAAUGCUGAACUAUGCUGCGCUCGUGAUGACUUCAUAACAUGCGUCGCGAACGCGGGCCGGUCGUGUUCGAUAACUGCGAGUACCUUACUGCGACGUAUGGCGUGGGUGCUGGCGCAGGACAUAGCAGCCUGCAACCAGCAGCCGAGGGCCUACUGCGCGGCGCCCCCUCCGCCUAUCACCGCUCCGCUCCUCACGGCUAUAUACGGAUUCUUGUUCUAUCCUCCUCGCCUGUAAUUCUGAACUUGUGUUCUUUUUUUAUUCAUUGGUUUCGUUGUUCCGUCUUGGGGCUCAUACACAUAAACACGACAGGAAUUACAUCCUAGAAAAGCUUGUAAAGUUAAAACCUCUCGAUGUCAUGCUUUGACACGUCCUUUUUAAUGUGUCUAUGUAUAAGAGUUCAAAGUCCUAGCUUUUUGUAUAAUUAAAUCUUAAUUUUACAAGAGUUAAUACUCAUGCAAAUGUGUCCAAUUAUUUUGUAAAUAUUUAUAGUGUUGGUAUGGGUGCUCUUGAAGUUAUAUUGCAAAUAUCAGAGUUAUAUACCUAAAAUACUUAUCAGGAAACUUCACUUGCCAUCAAGCAUACUGUACAUAAAUGAAAUUCAAUCAAUAUUAAAUUAUUUUGAUCUGCUUUUUGUAAACUCUGUGCCAAAUAGUAGGUAUGAGGAAACAUGUUGUAGGUUCUUUUUUUUGUUGGCUUUGCUAUAGGUAUCUGUAUUUUUUCAAGGCCAGCAGAGCUGCAAUAUAGUCACAUGGAAUGCGAAUAAAAAUAUGAAUAUGAACACAUUGUCACUUUGUCAGUAACAAAAUAUGAAAUUCACUUUGAUCAUAUUUUCCCGCUCUAUGAAUGCAAAUAUUGAUUGUAAGGUUAUUCGUUUUGCACGGCGAAGUAGGAUCCGUCUAUUGGCAAUUUCCGCUUCGGAAAUGUUAGAUUCUCUACAAGCUCAACUUUGAAAUUUUACCACCACAAACGAUACGUUUUGUAUCAUAGUACGAAAGUGACUUGAUUUGACGCAAUUAUGAGUACUUCAUCGCAAACAGUCUCACCACUGUAUAUUUGUAUGUCAAGAAACAUGAAUGUUUAAUAUCUACAUUUCAAACUUUACCUAAGUGUCUCCUGGAAUAGAGUUAAAUAUUGACAUGUAUACAACUUUAGGUAAAUGACGUGAAGACGUUAACUUUGUAAAGUGCCAGCUAGCUUGCGUUGUGGUGAUACGGGGCGAACUACGAACGUAGCACACAACUACGUGUAGCACACGUAGCACAUAGCUGUAGCUGUACUGUACGUAGUAGAUUGCCAUAACUCAAUAGAAGUUGCUACGUAUGGCAAUCUCGACCGAGACUUGCGUAUACCGCCAUAAAACAAAAAAAAUACCACCCUUCAAAGUAAUGCCUGAUUUGAUUAUCUUAUACUACCUGUAAUGAUACACUUUUUAUUGGUUACAGUACAUUAAAUAGACCACAUCACAACACAUUACUGAACAAAGAUAACUUUAUAAGUAGUAACCGAAUCGUAAUUUCCAAAGUAUCAGGUAACUAUCAGAGAGUUGUUAAUUGUUAAGCCCUAAUUUAUUUCAAGCUAGUCUUGAAUGUGAUUUUAGAUUUAGGUGUUUAUUUAAUAGGAUAUAUUUAACAACGUGUUUUACCAUACCCCAGUCAUAAUUUGUAGAUAAUUAUGUUGCCAUGCAGGAUUUUUUUUUAAACCUUCACUUCCAAAAACGUCGUAGGGUCCGAAACUAAAUUGACAUUGACAAUUUUAUAAAUUAAAAAAAAAAUGACAGGAGUCUGAUUAAGCACGUUGUUUAAGAAAUAACUCAUACUUUAGCCUUAUUCAGCUUAUUUUCAUGGAAAAAUGUAUUGAAUUAUGUGAAAAAUCCUAUGAUUACGUAGACUGUGUUAACAAUUUCAAUUGCAUGAUUGCAUGAUAUAAAACCGUUGUUUUCUAUGAACCUAAACAGAAUACAGCUUAAAAAUAUGAGUAGAUUUAAGUGUUUAUUCUCACAAGCUGCGGACAAGCGCUUUGCAAUGUUGUUCUUUGAACCAAAUGAUAUUUUCUUCUUCCAAAAAUUAACAUCAACUUUCCCGAAUGUUGUUAACAAAAUGAUGAGUUGAUAAUCAAGUGGUACUUCGGUACGUACAAGCAAUUAUUAUAUGAAUAGGACUGAAGCACAGACACUCAUCAUAUCACGUCGUAAUGACGUAAUAUUGGUCGGUCAUUCUAUGUAUUGCUGUAAGUUGGUUAGAAGCGCUAGUAGACUUCAUGAACGGCUAUUUAUUAACAAGUUUUCAAUAGUAACUUGGGUGAAGAUGAUUCACAAUUAAAUUAUCCAAUGGUUUUCUCACGCGCAUUUAUCGGUUGCAAGACUUGAUUCGCGACCCGCCGCCGCGCCGACUCAUGAUUGGCUCCGGUUGGGUACGAAACUAGUCGGGCGUUCCCUAUAAAUACGCGCGCGUAAAUCAUUUAAUAGCAGUUUUUCUAUGUAAGUGCGCACCUUUUUUGUGUAAUGGGCUUGCAGAAAAUGAAUGUAAAAUAUACGUUCUCGUGUCGCUAAUAUUAUGUCAGUAAUAAAGACCAAGGUAAAGCAGUGUUUGUCUUACAGCAUGUGCUAAAUAAUAUACCUAUUAUUAUAUAAAUAGAAAAAUAUAAUGUAAAGUUUUAAAC